GUCACAAAAGAUAAAGCAGCUCUCUGGACAGAUGGUCGAUACUUCCUCCAGGCCGAGCAGCAGUUGACUUCUGGCUGGAGUCUCAUGAGGGCCGGGAAUCUUGGAGUACCAAGUAGAAGUGAGUGGCUAAAUGGUGUCAUGGCACCUGGUAGCAGAAUUGGUAUAGAUCCUUUCCUGUUUUCUUCCGAUGCUGCAGAAGAACUGAAAGAAGCCAUAUCUCAAAAAAAUCACGAGUUGGUGUACUUGUAUGACAUCAAUCUUGUGGAUGAGAUAUGGAAGGAGUCCAGACCAAAGCCUCCAAACAAACAUGUUAGAGUGCAUGAAAUGAAAUAUGCUGGCGUAGAUGUCUCAUCCAAGCUGUCCUCGUUGAGGUCUGAACUAACUAAUGCUGGUUCAUCUGCGAUUGUUAUCUCUAUGCUGGAUGAGAUUGCAUGGCUGUUGAACUUGAGAGGUAGCGACAUACCACAUUCACCGGUCAUGUACGCAUAUUUAAUCGUAGAGAUUGAUGGAGCAAAAUUAUUUAUAGAUGAAGCCAAAGUCAAUUCUGAUGUGAUGCAUUACUUGAAGAAUGCUGGAAUAGAGUUGAGACCAUAUGAAUCCAUUCUUUCCGAAAUUGAACGUUUGGCUGAAAAAGGGGCGUGCCUUUGGUUGGAUACAUCAUCUGUUAGUGCUGCUAUUGUGAACACUUAUAAAUGUGCAUGUGACAAGUAUUUUGGCACCGCUGGAACUGUUAACGAAAAGAACACAGAAGCGCUAAAUGGUACAGACGGUACAUCUUGUGGACCCAGUUACGUGUAUAGGAGCUCACCUAUUUCUCUGGCUAAAGCUGUGAAAAAUGAAGCUGAAUUAGAAGGAAUGCGUAAUUCUCAUCUAAGGGAUGCAGCGGCUCUAGCACAAUUCUGGACAUGGCUGGAGGAGGAAAUCAGCAACGGUGUCAUUUUGACAGAAGUAGAUGUUGCGGACAAACUUCUUGAAUUCCGUUCCAAGCAAAACGGCUUUGUUGAUACAAGUUUUGAUACAAUAAGUGCUUCUGGUGCAAAUGGUGCUAUCAUACAUUACAAGCCAGAGCCUAACAGUUGUAGCGUUGUAGAUGCUGAGAAACUCUUCCUACUGGACAGUGGAGCUCAAUUUAUUGAUGGAACAACUGACAUCACUCGAACAGUACAUUUUGGCGAACCUUCUUCUUGGCAAAAAGAAUGUUUUACCAGAGUUCUUCAGGGUCAUAUUGCGCUUGAUCAAGCUAUUUUUCCCGAAAAUUACCCUGGUUUCGUAUUAGAUGCCUUUGCAAGAGCAUCACUGUGGAAGAUUGGACUUGAUUACCGUCAUGGUACUGGUCAUGGUGUAGGAGCUGCGUUGAAUGUUCACGAAGGCCCUCAAAGUAUCAGCUUCCGAUUUGGAAACAUGACUCCGCUAUUGAAAGGCAUGGUUGUGAGCAACGAACCUGGAUACUAUGAAGACCAUGCAUUUGGCAUUAGGAUUGAAAAUCUCCUUUACGUUAAAGAAGUUAGCACACCAAAUCGCUUCGGAGGACUGGAUUAUUUGGGAUUUGAAAAGCUCACAUAUGUUCCUAUUCAGACAAAAUUGAUCGACUUAUCAAUAGUUUCUGCCGCGGAGAUAGAUUGGCUCAAUGAUUACCACAAACAAGUAUGGGAGAAGGUUUCUCCAUUAUUGGAUGGUCCAGCGCAGGAGUGGCUCUGGAAUAAUACAAGGCCACUCAUAAAGCACUAGUGCAACCAAUUCACCGGAUGUGUACAAGAAAUAAUUACGGUUUGCUGAUGGAAAGAAGAUUGACCAAUGGGAAGAGCUUAUUCCAUAUUGCCGAAUCUGUGUGGUAAGGUUUGUGUGAAUAGAUGGAUCAAGAGGCUGGAACUCUCUAUCUAAACUAGCUACAUGUAUAAAUAUAUAUAUGUUAUCUAAAGUUUCAUUUAGUUGAUCACCAUGUAUAUUUAUUGUACCCUUAAAAAAUAAAUAAAUCAUAUUUAUUGUCUAUUGAUGAAAAUCUUGCAUGCC